AAAAGCGCUCUAUGCUAAGCUAGAUGCCAAUGCAGCGUAGAAACAACGUAUAAUUACACAAAUUGUGUGAAAAUAAAUAUGAUCAACUUCUAUAUAAGUAACACUAAUUUCUAAUAAUAUUGAUGGAACGCUAUUUCGUUAACGAGUAUAGUUCCGUUUCGAUUUGUUUUUCUCAUUAACUGAGUAACGUUCGACUGGAAUGGCGGCAUUUUACAUUUUAAAAAAUUCCCCUUGUAUGUAAUUCUGCUAACUACUGCAUCUAAAUCGCAACACAGUUAACCCAUGGUGACUCUUCUAAUCCAAAUAUUUAGACUAUAUUCGAAGUGAGCGCAUGGAAUGGAGGAAGCAGAAUUCUCUCGUUUAUCAUAAUAUUGUUCUAAGUGCUAUUGAGGAAGAAGCACCAUUAAGUCCUUCAUCUAGGGUAUUAUCUGCUGAGCUUAUUAAAGCGUAGUUUAGAGCAUGUUCAGCGAAGUUUGUUGAAACUCACACAGUUUCUAGUGGCGUUGAAUCAGCCUAUACUGGAGUGAUCCAGUUCGUUUUAUGGGACCCCACGCUAUCUUGGUUAUACAUAGCUUCGAUGUAUUGUCAAGUAUCAUUUUCUAUAAGAAUGUUUGCAGAUCUUAAAGGUUUAUCGCUCGACAGCCGCCUACGAAGUCUGUCGUUCUCAGGAUAAUACGUCCAAGUGAUAAUGCACGUUUUGUGGGAAAAUUGUCAGGAUAACGAUGUGAUUGAUUCGUUUUUUGUGAGUGAACGUCAGUCCAUGCUAUUGCGAAAUUGCCAUAUUAGAUCCCAGUCACCUUGGAUUGAAGAUGAUCGGGCCAUCGGGGAAAAACCAAUAUUUUUGCGAAUGCUACUAUCGAGCGCUGGCCUACAAUUAGUUCCAGUUUGUGCUUAUUCAAUAUAGGCUAAAACAGCUAGUGACCAACUAUCGACGGUCGUUAGCAUUUGUGGUUUGUGCAGUUAUCACUACGGCUUUUGCCCAUAAUAAAAUUUCAUUUUGAUAUUAUGUAAAUGUAAAACCGCUAAACAACGCACUACUAUGCGGCUAGUUUUCUGUCAUUGUGUUGGUCAAACUAUGUAUAAACGACCAUAAGGGGGUUACACAUAAGAAUGAACCUAUGUGGUCUUGUCGAAACGAAAUGAACCUUCUGUUUGGCCUGCAUAAUUUAUGUGGUUACUGUAGUCGAGUGUUACAAUACAGUCAGACAUUUUCAAUCAUGUUAAGACUAUAUAAAAAUGUAUUGUAUUAUAUAUUGAGAUAAGAGUGCGCGCAACUGUUUCAUUUGUUUCGAUAGGAUUUCUCUGUCUGUCAGAUAUCAACCAGCAUUGACACAGACUAUCAUCCUGUGUAAAGUAAGGUACCCAUUGCUGCUUACACUCAGUAGCAUUUACGGUUAGACAACAUUGUUUUUUUCGUUUCAAAUUUGAGAUCGUCAGCCGUCUUUAAUUCGCCAUUGUUCCGAUCGACGCAGCGUUUGAUGCCAAUAGGGGAGCUUCCGUUCAAGAAAAUCUAUACGGCAAGGUCUGGUCAAGCAUCAUAGCCGUCUUUAUCGUCCUUGCGUGUUACCCCCUUUGCUUGUAUAUGGUAUGUAUACACUAAACAGGGCUAAUGAUUACCUGUACGACCUACAAGCAUCGAAUGAAUGCGUCUCGACACAAACGCUAAAUAAUGGUCGGCCUCCAUUACGGCCGGCUAAGUUCCACAACGGCGGCGAAAAUAACGCUUGAAAAAGUUUAAGCUAGUUGAAAGGAAGAGGUCGAAAUUCGUGGAAGCUUCGUCAUACGCCGUUAGCGACAACAUCAGCAGAUGGACUAUCGCUACAAAGAAGACAUUCCAGCGGGCCUCUUACGAGACUCCAUCAUAUCGUACGGUCCUCUUGGACCUCUGCUAACACUGGGAGACCGAGUCGUCUGGGUUCUCCGAGAUGGACCUCAGUUUGGCUGGGUUCGCUGGGUUGGCCGGUUACCUGAUGUGACCGAUGAUGGCUGGACCAUUGGGGUUGAGUUUGACAAUCCUGUUGGUAGUGGAGAUGGCCGGUUUGCUGGCAAACGCUAUUUCUUUGGCCGACACGACCACGCUUUAUUCCUGCCUAACACGAACCUCAUGCGGGCCGAUGAGUACCAUUUACAAGUCGCCAAAUACGAUGGUUUUGGAUUGGGAAACCAGAAAGUGCUAGUUCCUCCGUACACAACGUUGCCCCCACGCACAAAUCAACUUACAAAUGGCGCUGACAACGAACCCCAGUCGGAACCCUGCUCGGCAAAUGCUACCCCUGUUCAGAACAAGAGAUCAAUGUUCCGUGCCUUUAAACUGAAGAAAAGUAAAAGUCUACAGGAAACAGUUGAAGCCAGCGAAUCUGGCUAUGAGAACGUCGGUAGCGGAACACAUGGCUCCGGCGAACCUCAAGUGGACCCUUCAAGAGAGCUAAUGCGUAAGGAGAAAUUUCACUUUCACCUGCUACCGCUUCGCUUUCCCAAAAGCCAAUCCAAUUCUUCAGUGUCGUCUGCACCACCGAAUUUCGGACCCCCACGCAUAGCAGGAGUUGAGCAGGACGCAGAAAAUUCGUCGUUGUCCGGAGAGGAUGGUAGUCUUAUGUCAUGUCUACCGUCAUUGGGUGGCAGUCUCCUUCGCCGCCGCAAGAAGGAUAACGGCUCAGGCGGCGCCAGGCCUAAGAAAGCGAAACAGAAGCUUAAGAAACGCGCUAACGAGCAGACGCCACCGUUCGCCUUCCUGACUACAAGCCACGAGAGUAAGCUCUGCGGCAACGGAUCCGGUGCAACGGGGAAUAUGGCUGACUCCAACAACUCGAACCUUGUAUCUAACGCGCCAGAGGAUUCGCUUGUUGUGAAUGCCAGCAGCUCUCGACAGUUUGCUGUUCUUCAGCAGUACCGUGACUCUUUGGAGGCACGAAGUACGCCUCGACUAGAAAAGAAACUCCCGUACUUAGCUAACCCGCAGCCAGGGACAUCUGCUGAAAUACAGCUUCAUCAGUUCGAUUCGCAUAGUUCUACCGUGAUGAAUAGUUCGCAACAGGUCCGUCACACAAGCCUAAAUCAGCUGGAGCAACGGCGCAGUCUUCUUACACCGAUCAUUCCGCCUGAAGAUGACUUCGAGUAUUUAGACAUGCAGGAUCGCCGCUCGAACUCCUUACAAAUCACGCGCGACCGUUCACCAAUUGCUUUUCCGGGAGAACCGUCAUCGUUACCGUUCCAUUCGGCUGCUGAGGCGGACUCGCACGUGAUCAAAAAAAAGAAAAAACGAAGAGCACCAGCUCCUCCUCCCCCAGAACCGGGAAUUAGACCUUCCACUGGCGCCGGUUCUGGAUUACAGGUUGGUUAUCGUGGCAGUGCAGGAGCGACAGGAAGCCUCGGUGCGAGAAGUUCAUCGAGUGAAUGCAGCAGUGCUCAGCGAAGAAUAAAGAAGAGAGCUCCCUCUCCCCCGCGAUGCCAGAGGGAGUCGACGUCUUUACCGACAUUGACGUUAGAUCAGGUUGCUUCUGCUGUAGCCAUCAUCCCUCCAUCCUCCCUGGGAAGUUUGUCUGAUUCUGGCGCAAGCGCUGCAACAGCAGCUCCAGACUCCCCGCGCCUCAAUGACCUCUCACGAAUAGAUGAAGAUACCGAAUCCGACUUCGAGUACGUGCUUAAGCGCAGUGAUUCCAAGGUGAACGAACUUGUCGAUGCGUUCCAUCGUUUAACGGAGGAUAGCGGCGAUUUGAGCCCCGAGGUGAAAAGCGACGACGGGACAUUGACUCCCCUGAUUUUUAGGGGAGGUGAGAAGAGCGCCUAUGGCAGUGGUGGGCUUUCCGACGCGUCGUUCUCUUCGUCAACAUCGACUAAGUGGCGCUAUGUCGAUGUUUCGGACUCAAUGAGCGUUGACUCCAACACGUCCGAGGUCCUGCUUGGAGCUGGCAGAGGAAUUCGGCGGGAUUCCGUGUCAGAGUAUCGGCUUGAGUUUGAGAGGCGGAGAGCGUUCUACGAACCCAAAAAUAGAGCUGGGUCCGUAGGUCGAAACAGUGCAGGUGGAAGCACGGGUUCUGGGCCCCGUUCUAACCGGCACAGUCGUUCGUUCGAGGAGCCGACGCUGAAUGGUCCGACGGCAUCGACAGCAAACGCGUCGUCUGGCUCGUAUGGAGUUGCGUCAGGUGCCACUAUGAGCUUCAGAGAUAUUCUCAAGUCCCAAAGCAAUACGUCCAUCGCGAGCAAAGGAUCGACUGGCUCAGAUAAGCGGCCACCCAUUCAUCCUGAUUCGCCGACAGGAGGCAGGCAAUUGCUUUACAAACAGUUAGAAUCAGCCAUCUCCAAAGGAGAACAUGAUAGAGCCGCAAGUCUUGCCAGGCAGCUAGCUCUCAACAAGAAAAAACUUCCUACAAUAACGGUCAACUUAUACGUUGAGGACAAGGUAUCUCACAUUGGCCCGAUUCGGCUAAAUUUAAAUCCCGCAAUUAAACUCUGUCAACUGAAGCAAAAAAUCCAAGCUGAUUAUCGCUUCCCAGAAGACCGACAGCGCUGGGUAAUUGGAAAGGGGCUUGCCGUUGAUAAUGACCGCACUCUCAACGAGCUCGGAGUCGAUAAAAAUGAUGCGAAUCUCUUUCUGUACCUUGGCAGCUCUUCGAAAUAUUCUGGCGGACGCUAUCCCGGAACGCCGAAAUCAUUGCCAAAGAAGUUUCUUGAAAGUUUUCCUAGCAGCAUUCGACAUAUUCUUCCCGAAAACAAAGCUCGUCCAGCAACACCACCGUUACAGCGUGCCGAAUCAGUGGAUUCUGACGAAAUGUGGCAUACAACAGCCGAUCUUCAAAGUUCAUCGCUUGCUUCUUCUACGGCUAGAGUUCGUAAACGCCGCCAGGUGAUUAAGCUACAAACUGAUCAAGGUGUGGAUAAGCUCAACAAGCUCCUCAAAAGCCAGGACACACUAAAGGGCUGGAAAUGCGACCUCUGUGGGAUGCUUAACAGACGAGCAGGCCUUGAGUGUGUGAUGUGCGGAUCAUUGAACAGCGUAACGGGAAAUGAGGCGGAUGACGAGUUAUUUGAAGGAAGCUUAGACGACAUUGUAAACUUGGACCGCCUAAGCAUAAACAAAGUGACGGGCGAUAAGAUCUCGCUUGAUUUGUCUCAAACGCGAGAUCGGCUUGGCGCCCAACAACAGGGUCCCGAGGCUAGCUGUUCGAAACCUCCUAUUUCCCCUAAAUCACGGUCCGUCAGCGGAAGUCCGCCGCUAAGCCCUACGUUUGCCAAGUCGCUUCAACCUGCAAGCGUGCCAGUUAGCGUCUCAGACAAUAGGUCAUUGUCCCCCAUGCAACGAAGCCCGUCAGCAAAAAGCCAGAUCCCUAGGCCUAUAUUUGUGUGUGAGAACAGCCCUAGUCCGCCAAAACCAAUUCAUUCUAAAACUCCACCGUUAGCCGAAGCUAUUUGGCAUAUCAAUCCCUCUUUUGAAGGCAAUGCUGUUACUAAUUUAACGGCGGACCUAGCCGUCGAAGAGGACUUUGAUAUAUCAAGCGAGAGCGGAAGUGAUACGACAUCCGUUAAUAGUCUUGAGGUGAACGAAAAAAUGUUCGAAUUGUCUGAUGGUGAUGAAGUCGGCCAUAUCACAGAUGAGUUAGGCUUAAAUGAUCCUAAUGCGCCUUCUACAAGCAAGGACCGACCUGGGUCGGUUAUCUAUAGGCAAAAUGGCGAAGGUCAGGCUAAUGGCUUUGUAGAAACACGAGGCGAGAGACCUACCACGGCAAUAUUUCGUCCUGCGGAAGUCAGCAGCGCAUUUAAGGCUGAAGGUGCUAUUAAAGCAAUGGAAAUGAAACAUGUCGUCGAGGAACCGGCUCGAUGCAUAUCCGAGACGACACUGGCUGUGCAGCCUCAACGAGCAGUUUUGCAUAUGGAGACUGGCGCCAGGCCGAAGCAAGCGAACAUAGUUAAACUGAAAACAACUAACCCUCCAGCAGUUCCAUUCAAACCGCUUGUCACAAUUCAACCUUGGGUUUCGCGAUGUGAGACUAAGAAGCGAGAACAGGGUGAUCGAGAAAUAUUUAACGUAGAGGUGGCCGCGACAAGAAACCUGUUCGAAGAAGCUAAGCACACGGCUGACAUCGUGGAACGGCCUCUCAAGGCUGCGGAGGUUAAGGCUGACCUCAAUGAAGCUCUGGAAACUCUGCGUUCACUGGCGGAAAGUCCGAAGGACUACCUAAAGUUAAUGCAGCUGGACGAGCACGACAUUGUUGCGAAUAGCGACCGCUUCGAGUGCCCGGUAUGCCUGAUGCCUGUGGAGCCGGCGGAAGGCGUCGUGUUACGAGAUUGCUUACAUAGUUUCUGCAAAGACUGCCUCGUAAACGCUGUGAGCUUCUCGACGGAUGCUACGGUGAACUGCCCAUUCAUGAACGACGACUAUUCCUGCGAAAGUCUAUUGCAAGAGAGAGAAAUCAAAGCACUGGUGUCUGAGGACGUAUACGAAAAACACUUGAAACGCAGUAUGAAACAAGCCGAAACAGCUGCUAAAAAUUCGUUUCAUUGCAAAACGCCAGAUUGCCCGGGAUGGUGCUUCUUCGAAGAUAAUGUCAACAAUUUUGACUGCCCCGUUUGCACAAAGCGGAACUGUCUCACCUGUCAGGCAAUUCACCAUCCUUUGAACUGCCUUCAGUAUCAGGAUCACCUUGAGCUGGACGCUGAGCUUACCGAGGACGCAAAAAAGACUAAAGCGUUUCUCGAGGAUAUGGUUCGCUGCAAUGACGCUAUGCAUUGCCCCCAAUGUAGGAUUAUCUUGAUUCGCAAAUGGGGCUGCGACUGGGUCCAAUGUUCGAUGUGUAAGACAGAGAUCUGUUGGGUAACAAAAGGACCUCGUUGGGGGCCUCUGGGUCGUGGAGAUACUUCAGGCGGAUGCAGGUGCGGGAUAAAAGGAAUCAAGUGCCACCCGAAAUGCACCUAUUGCCACUGAGAACGGUUUACAAAGCCUCCAUCUGUUGCGCGACAAAAUCUCUAACCUUCAACACAAACAAUUGCAACGUUGACGCCUAGCGGAUAGAGUACCCCGUGCGCACGGCUACAAGAAGCCAGUUGAGAAGGAUCUGUAUAAAAAUGGCAAGAUGCAAUUUGCUGCGUCCGAUGUUUCCGCCCAGUGCGUUGCCUUUUACCUUGUAAAGUCAUUAGAUACCAGAUGCAAUGUUUUUAAGAAUUAUAAUAUUAAAAUUAUAAUAAAUUAUUUAAAUAAUUCUAUUAUAUAUUGAUUUCAUAUUCAUUUUUAGUAUGUGUAGGGGCAUAGGUUCGAAAUUGGAUGCAGCAUGAAAGGCAUCUUGGUAAAUGAUAGACA